AUGUCUCGACCCCCCAAGACGCCCCCGCAGAUACCCUUUGGAAGCUCUGAUAGGAGCGCGAGCGUCAAUGCCAUUAGCACCGGCAACAACGACCACGGAAUAGUUUUUAGAACAGGCGUUUCGAUAAACGGUGCUUCGGAAAAGUCUCGCGAGUCUCUACGCGAGUCGAUCAGUCGCCGCCGUACGAGUCUGACGCCUCAAGAAAAUGUCUUUUUGGAAGAACUCUGCAUUAAAGGCAACGAAAUUGAAGUCAAGCUCGCACAUAGCAAGCUACUCGACGAUGAUCUCUUCUUCGAGCAUCACGACGAUUCAGCCAACGUCAAUGAAUGGUCCGGCUCUGACGCAUUUUCUUUGAGUCGCGAACGAAGCAGCAAAGAGGCUCUGCCAAAUGUUUGCUUGUCGGACCGGGUGUCACCACGAGGAACAAUUACGACCGGAUCUAUGGUCGAUGUCAUACCAAUGCGCAACGACGAUCGACCGCGUAGCCAAUCCGCCGGUUCAUCUUGUUCUUUUAACGUAGGAUCUGCCCGUCGACAAGAACUUCUCCAAGGCCGUCGAAAAAGUUUACUUUUUGGGAAAAUAUGGAAGGCACACGAAAGCGGGUUGGCUGUCACGGACACUUCCUCGCGACGCCUUUUGUUGUCCCGGCGCAACAGUUUUACAAACUCUUCCCGUCGGAAUGUUUUGCAGAAAUCCCAACGACUCGGCGACAUCUUUCGAGCGACCAAUGCUCGUGAAAACACGACUUCUACCUCCAGUUCCACAUCGCGACCAGAACAAGAAGCACGAACGAAUUUAUUUAUGAACGACAACAAAUCUGACAACAAUCGACGGGGCUCACUCCGACAGUCACGUAUUCCAUCUCGACCACAAUUGCGUCGACUCACUUCCGAAAGUAGUCGCAAAUCGGUCACGUUUGGGGAACUGCCGUCACCUCGUCAAUCUCGGGCGGAAUCGGAUGACUUUAGCAUAACCGCUCUGCGAAAAGCGGCUCCAAUUCGUUCUGAUUCCUCAAAUUCCAUUCCCACUCUCCAUCAAGGACAUACAAUUCUAAAUUCCUCGCCUUCAGACAGAAGUUUUAAGAGCAUUCCUUCACUUCACAAAGCUCAUCAUGUGCACUCCGAUGCAUCCGUACGCUCGUCUGCCGGCUUUUCUGAUAUUACAACGGAGUGGAGUCGAACAGAAGACCGCAAUCCGUCAAUCACAGCUGACGAUGAAAAGAAAUUGGAUCAGCUAGCCGAUUGGACCUCUCCCGUUCCCACCAAAGUCGAAAUUAAACCAACUAUCGACGGGAGCAGGAUGAUUCAAGACAACAUCAAACUCUUGUCCCAUCACACGGAUACAGAUUCGUUGUCUCAUCAUGUCUUGCUGAGGGAUGCGUCCGUUAGUAAUUACGAAGGCCAGGGUAUUGAAGUGGCCGAUUGGGAGAGUACUCGUGGCAGCUUGGAGUCGUUUUCCAUGGAUGCACUCAACGUGGCACGUCGUUUCGACAGUAUGGUAUCCUUUAACGACGGUAAUACCAGUGUCAUUUCGAGCAACUCGUUUGACGAAACCAUAAGCUUUGACCGACUCAACAACGUCUUUCGACGCAAUUCUCAGGCGCUGAUUCGAAGUUUGUCGGAUGAAGAAGUGAAUGGAGUUUUUCUUGGUGGAACGCGGAAACUCUUGCACGACACCGCUACAACAAGCAGCACUCAAGAACUUGCGCCGAUUUAUGACCAAGAUGAUUCCUGGAAAAUUGAUGACGAUGAUGAUUUGGAUUAUUAUGACUCCUGGAUGGUCAUUCAAGAUGAGUACGAGAAUGGUUAUGGCGGCGGAGGCACUCUACCUUUUCAUAUCCUUGGCACAUCAGCCGAAGACAUUGACGCCCAACCGCACGUAUUAAGCCCACCGCUAAUGGAAAGCUUGCAACCUUUUCUUCCCAUUAGUAGGGCCAGGGAAAACUUUUGGAUGAAAUAUUCCUUGGUCCGCGACGGUGCCAACAUGCUAACGUUUUUGCAGUACGCGCGAGGAGCGCAACACUCCCUUCUAGCCAUUGAGACGGUCGAUGGCGAGGUAUUUGGUGCCUUUACUGCAAAAGCGUGGCGCAGGAACUGGAAUUAUUUCGGGUCGAGUGAUUCGUUUCUAUGGCGGAUGCGCCAUACUCGACAAGAGAAGACGCAUUCAAUUAUCGACCAAGCGCAAAUAGAAAGCGAAGUGGAUGUCUUUCCUUACACAGGUAAGAAUCAAUGCAUUCAACUGUGCACGUAUGAUAAGAUUGGCAUUGGUGGGGGUGCAGGCAAUACUUUAUCGCCCGAUACAGCGAGUAUUUCUACUCUGAACCAUGGUGAACCAAUCAAGGAGCACGAAUGGGGUUUCGGGUUAACCGUACAAUCCGACAUGCUGACGGGAACCACUUCUCCGUGUGUUACGUUUGGGAGUCCAUCUUUGUCAGCAGAGCACUCGGACGGAUCAAUCUUUGAAAUCAUCAACAUGGAAUUAUGGACGUUGACACCCUGUACCCGAUUGGAGGAUGCAGAAAAGUUGGAACUCGGAAAAUUGUUUUUACAACAACAUAGGCACUGA